AUGACAGAACGUAGCAUUGCAGUUUUGAAAGCUCAACGCGGAAACGCAAAAAGAAUGUUAACAAAUUUUUUAAAAUUUCUCGACGCUUUUGAAUAUGAAAAAGAUUAUCCGAUUCUCGAAAAAAGACUUCAAGAAAUUGAGAAUCAACGCGCUAUAUUUGAUACCUGUCAAUUAGAAUUAGAACAAACUAACGAAGAUCCUGCUCAUGAAACAACACGCGACGAAUUCGAUGAAAAAUAUUAUAGAGCAGUGAGUAAGGCUACCACUAUUUUGCAAAACAUACCCAGACAAAUGACACAAUUAGCAACUUCUAGUAAUCAUGCGAAUUCGGAGAGACAACCAAUUGUCGGUAAACGAAAAUUACCUCCCGUAAAUUUACCAACGUUUGAUGGAAGUUAUGAAUCGUGGAUAGGGUUUCAUGACCUUUUUCAAUCCGUUGUCGACGCAGAUAGAGACACGACUGAAAUAGAAAAAUUUUAUCAUCUGAAAGGUUGUUUAAGAGACGAAGCCGUGAAUGUUAUCGCGGCUCUCGAAUUGUCUGCGGAAAAUUAUAAGGUGGCCUGGAAUUUAUUAAAAGAUCGAUACAAUAAUCGAAAAAUUAUUCGUAGAAAACAUGUAAAUGCUUUGUUAAAUUUGCCUUUUCUUUCGAAAGAAUAUUCAAUUCGCUCCUUUCUUGAUUAUAUUCAAAAACACAUUCGCGCAUUACAAGCAUUAAAAGAACCUAUUGAAAAUUGGGAUACUUUGUUAAUUGGAAUUGUUAGUCAAAAAUUAAAUCCCUUUUUGCGCGAAAAAUGGGAAGAUUUCAGUAAUGAUUCGGAACAACCAACCUAUCAAGAAUUAAUUUCUUUUUUGCAACGUCGCGCCCAAUUAGAAGAUACUCAAGUCUAUCAAAAGUCAGAAAAAUCACAAUCUAGUGUUGAUAAAAAAUCUGGGUCGAAAAAUUCUCGUUCUCAACAAUCGUGCGCAACUUCAGUCUCAAAAUCCUCUUGUACAUUCUGUGAUGGAGAUCAUCAAAUUUAUUCGUGUGUUAAAUUUCGAAAAUUAACCCCUCAAGCACGUUUUGAUGCAGCAAAGAAGGCCAGUUUGUGUCUGAAUUGUUUGCGAAAAAACCACCGAGUUGCUGAGUGCACAUUAUCACCCUGUCGUAAAUGUAACCAAAAACACAAUAUCUUCUUGCAUUUUGAAAAAUCAAUAGCUGAACCAAGCAACACGGUAGGUAGUGAGGAUCAAGAAAUUGAUAUGAACAAAAAAUCUCUUUCCUGUGGUGCUGCACAAGUUCCCACAGAAGCGCUGUUAGCUACAGCUAUAGUUGAUCUCGUAAAUGAUCAAGGCAAAACAAAAACUUGUAGAGUCUUUUUAGAUGGGGGUUCUCAAGCAAAUUUUGUUACUGAAGAAGUAGCUAAAUUUUUAAAUUUACAUCGAACUUCAGUUGGCAUUUCUGUAUCUGGAAUUAAUGAUAUUAGCACUGAAGUCAAACACCUGGUUUAUGGCACUGUAAAAUCUCGAUUUAAUAACUAUCAAAAACGACUCGAUUUUCUCGUUCUCCCUCAAAUUACGAAUGACAUACCGUCAAUUCCAAUUAAACCCUCGAUUCUCGAAAUACCAAAAAACAUUCAAUUGGCUGAUCCUGAUUUUUAUCAGCCAGGUAAAAUUGAUCUUCUUAUUGGAGUAAAAGUUUUCUUCAAACUAAUGUGUUUAGGUCAAAUUCCAAUAAAGGAACAGCCAAACGCUGUUUUUCAAAAAACUCAUUUUGGUUGGAUAGUUGCAGGAGAGUUAAAAAUAAACUCCUUUCGCCAAAAUGAAGUCAAAUGUCAUGUAGCUAUUAGUUCUCCAUAUGAAAAUCUUGCAAAAUUUUUUGAACUCGAAGAAAUUCCAAUCAAAAAAUUGUUUUCCCCUGAGGAAGAGUUAUGUGAAAAACAUUUUUGUGAAAAUAUUCAACGUCUUGAAAAUGGUAAGUAUCAGGUAAGACUACCAUUUAAUGAAAAAAAGGGUGCCUUAGGGGAGUCUCGGGUUAGAGCAUCGCGGUGUUUAAAUAGUCUCAUAAAAAGGUUUGAAAAUUCGCCUGAAUUAAAAAAAGACUAUAGCGAAUUUCUUGAGAAUUAUGAAAUGUUAGAACAUAUGACUGAAUUAAAAGAAAAUGAAUUAGAUAAACCCAAGUUUUAUUUUCCUCAUCAUCCUGUAGUACGACAAGAAAGUUUAACUACAAAACUUCGUGUAGUUUUUAAUGGGUCGUCCCCAUCGUCAUCGGGGGUUUCGCUUAAUGAUACGUUUCUGACAGGUCCCGCUCUCCAAAAUGAUUUAUUCUCGCUAUUAAUUCGAUUUCGCUCGCACAAAUAUGCCCUUACCGCUGACAUUGAAAAAAUGUAUAGACAAAUUCCGGUACAUCCUGAUGAUGUCGCUUAUCAAAAUAUUCUUUUUCGAAAAACUUUUCAAGAACCGAUAAAAAUUUUCUCAUUAAAUACUGUUACAUAUGGAACCUCGUGUGCGCCAUAUUUGGCUCUUCGCGUAUUGAAACAAUUAGCUGAGGAUGAAAGAUUGACUCAUCCAGUCGCCGCCACUGUCUUGGAAGACGACUUUUACGUCGAUGAUGUCCUAACAGGAUGUCAGACAAUAAAGGAAGCAAAGAUUCUUCGGGACGAAUUAAUUAUUCUUCUAAAAAAGGGAGGUUUUACCCUUCGAAAAUGGGCUUCAAAUGAGCCCUCUCUUCUUUUCGAAAAUUCAAACAAAAUUGAAACUACACACAUGUCACUUGAUAAAGAUUCUUCAAAAAAGACGUUAGGAGUACAGUCGGAUUGUAAUCGGGAUGUAAUAUCUUAUGUUGUGAAUCUAUCUGAAACUUGUUCACAAGUUACCAAGCGCUCAAUCUUGUCAGAAAUUUCCAAGAUAUUCGAUCCUUACGGGUUAUUAGGACCUGUAAUAAUUACUGCAAAAAUUAUGAUACAAGAUUUAUGGAAAGUAGGAUGUUCAUGGGAUGAAUCGGUCCCUCUAAAUAUUCACACUAAAUGGGUUGAACUUCGCAAUCAAUUACCUCUUUUAGAAAAGUUAAACUUUGAUAGAUUUAUGUCAAUAUCCAACCCAAUUGAAAUUCAAAUGCAUGGAUUUUGCGAUGCAAGCGAGAAAGCCUAUGGAGCUUGCAUUUACUUGCGGUCAACAGACAAUUCUGGUAAUCAUCAUAUUUCUAUAGUUUGUGCGAAAUCUAAAGUAGCACCGGUAAGUCCGGUCACAUUGCCUCGAUUGGAGCUGUGUGCAGCUCUGUUAUUAUCACGUUUAUACAACAUAACUAAAAAUUCCUUAUCAUUCGAAAAUCAACGGGUAUUUUUUUGGUCCGAUUCGACAAUCGUAUUACAAUGGCUGAAAACCGAUGCAUCCACGCUCAAAACCUUCGUCUCAAAUCGAAUUUCAGAAAUUCAAACAAACACAAAAAACGGGGAGUGGAAACAUGUUCCUUCACAAGACAAUCCAGCUGAUCUUAUAUCGCGAGGAAAAUUUCCUACAGAAAUUUUAGAGUCAACUCUUUGGAAAAAAGGUCCAACUUGGCUUUCUCGAGAUGAACAUCUUUGGCCUAAUAAAAUUAUCUCAGUUAGAGAGAUACCAGAGAAGAAAAAAGUAAUUGCCUCGACAAUUUGUUUAAAAUUAACGAUACGCGAUAGAGACCUUCUUAAAAAAUAUAGCUCACUUUUAACGCUUCAAAAAAUUAUUGCCUUCAUUUUUCGUUUUAUAAAUAAUGCAAAGAACAAAGAAAGCAAAAUCAUUGGACCUAUUUUACCAGUUGAGUUGGAAAAUUCGUUAUCAACAAUUAUAAGGUUGACUCAAUCAACCGAAUUCGCAAAUGAAAUUAAAUGUCUUAAAAACGGCACUUUUUUAUCGCUUAAAAGUAAAUUGUUAACUCUCAACCCUUUUCUUGAUACAAACGGGAUUUUGCGAGUAGGUGGAAGACUUGCUCACUCAGAUUUACUUGAGAAACAAAAACAUCCAAUUUUAAUGCCAUACAAUCAUCACAUAACACGUGUUUUAAUUCGAGAUGAACACUUGAGACUUCAUCAUGCUGGAGCUCAAGCCACGCUUUAUUCGAUUCGAGAAAAUUAUUGGCCAUUAAAUGGUCGCAAUUUAACUCGAAAUAUUAUAAAACAAUGCGUUCCUUGUUUUCGGGCGAAACCUCGUCCUCUUGAACAAUUCAUGAGCAAUCUUCCACAGGAUCGAGUUUCGGGUUCAAGACCUUUUCUUAAUGUCGGUGUUGACUAUUGUGGUCCACUGUACAUUAAAGAAAAGCGCUUUCGAAACCGUAAUAAAAUUAAAGUCUAUAUUUCCCUUUUCGUUUGCAUGGCAACAAAGGCUGUCCAUUUAGAAGUGGUCAGUGACCUGAGUACAGAAGCCUUUAUUGCCGCUUUAAAACGUCUUUUUUCGAGAAGAGGCAAAGCUAAAGCCAUUUAUUCAGACAAUGCAACUAAUUUUUUGGGUGCAAGCCGCGAGCUUAAUGAACUAUAUAAUCUUGUUCAAGCUCCUCAUUUUGGAGGACUGUGGGAAGCAGCCGUAAAAUCGUUCAAACACCACUUUUCAAGAAUCGUUGGUGAUACUUUGUUAACCUUUGAGCAACUUGAAACAUAUACAAUAGAAAUCGAAGCAAUCCUUAAUUCCCGACCGAUUUCCCCAAUGUCUUCCGACCCAAAUGAUUUACAUCCCUUGACUCCUGGACACUUUUUGAUUGGAGGUCCACUGACAAGCUUUCCGCAAGCAGACCUCAUUACCAUUCCAUCUAAUCGUCUUUCCAAUUGGCAACAUGCACAACAAUUACGACAACAUUUUUGGAAACGAUGGAGCAAAGAAUAUCUCCAUCAACUAAUUACUCGUAAUAAAUGGAGUUCAGGUAGCAGUUCCAACAUUCAUGUCGGCCAACUAGUAAUCAUCAAGGAAGAUAAUGCACCUCCGUUACAGUGGACAACUGGGCGCAUCACAGCAACUUUUCCAGGUCAAGAUGGGCUAAUCCGGGUAGUGAUGGUAAAAACGAAAACUGGGGAAUACAAACGGUGUAUUCAGAAUUUGUGCCUUCUUCCAAUCGAGUAA